AUGUCACCAACGACGAUGAUAGCCUUCAUAGAGCGAUUUGUUCACGAAAACGACCUGGAUUCGAUACAAGAAUUGGAAGCCAAAGAAGAAGAUGAUAUUUUGGUCCUCUUCAAGGGGAUGGAAUUACAGGGAACCGUGGAAUAUGGGUUUAAUGGCUCCGCCGGUAAAGACUUCGGCGGCAUGCAAUCUUCGAAGCCGUUGGCUGUAAUUAAGCCUGCCGAUAAGGAGGACGUAGCCAAGGUGAUAAGGAUAGCGUCACGGUUGCAGCAUCUGACCGUCGCCGCCAGGGGCAACGGUCACUCCGUCAACGGGCAGGCCAUGGCCCACCGUGGCUUCGUCGUCGACAUGAAAUCUAUGGAGUCCAAAAUUGAGGUGGCCCCCACCGGGACAUAUGCUGACGUCAGCGGCGGGGCUUUAUGGGAGGAGGUGUUGAAACGCUGCGUUUUGAGUCACGGCCUUGCCCCAAGGUCGUGGACGGAUUAUCUUGGUUUGACGGUGGGCGGGACGCUGUCCAACGCCGGCGUUAGUGGCCAGACAUUCAUCUACGGUCCACAAACGGAAAAUGUAACGGAAUUAGAGGUGGUCACCGGAAAAGGCGACGUCACCGUUUGUUCCCGUACUCAAAAUUCAGAACUUUUCUUUAGCGUUCUUGGCGGGCUAGGCCAAUUUGGCAUCAUUACUCGGGCUCGGGUGUUGCUUCAACCCGCCCCGAAUUUGGUGAGGUGGACAAGGGUGGUAUACAGUGAGUUCAGCGAGUUCAGUCGAGAUGCUGAGUUACUUGUGACUCAGGCGGAGGGUGACUCGUUCGACUACGUUGAAGGAUUUGUGUUUGUGAACAGUGAUGACUCUGUAAAUGGGUGGCCGUCCGUGCCGCUGGACGCGAACCGUCCAUUUGACCCAACCUGUAUCCCUCGGACUGCCGGCCCGGUACUUUACUGCCUUGAGGUGGCAUUGCAUCAUAGAAAAGACGAUCGCCGCUCCGCGGUUGGCAUGAGAGUGGAGCGGUUGCUUGGACAGCUGAGUUUCUGCAAGGAUUUGAGGUUCGAGGUGGACGUGAGCUACAUGGAAUUUCUACUACGUGUCAAGCGUGCAGAAGAAGAGGCCAAAGCGAGUGGCAUAUGGGAUGCCCCACACCCAUGGCUAAAUAUAUUUGUAUCCAAAAGAGACAUAGCUGAUUUUGAUCGGGUUGUUUUCAAGAAUAUUUUGAAGCAUGGCGUUGGUGGCCCAAUGCUUGUCUAUCCUUUACUACGUUCCAAGUGGGAUAUUCGGACGUCGAUCGUUUUACCAGAGGCAGAGGAUGAUGUCUUUUAUAUCAUAGCAUUGUUAAGGUUUUAUUUACCAUUCCCGAGGGGCUUAUCGGUCGAAGAAAUGAUAGCACAAAAUCAAGAAAUUAUUAGGUGCUGCAAUACAAAUGGCUUCGAUUUCAAGUUGUACCUUCCCCACUACAAUUCCAAAGAAGGGUGGAAGCAGCACUUUGGAAAUCAAUGGACAAGAUUCCAAGAGAAAAAGGCUUGUUUUGAUCCAAAGGCCAUCCUUGCGCCAGGCCAGAAAAUUUUUCCAAAAAAUUGGCAGCUUUCAUGA